UCGCAGCCGAGCCAGCCCACACCCAAACCGGCAGCUCAGGUCUCCACCGUGAAGCCUGCACAGUUUGAGAAGGCAUCAUCAGGAUCCACCAUGGCUACAAAGCCUGGGGGGGUUUCCACAACAACAGGCGGAGCCGCAGGAAGUGGCAUCACAACAGGAGGAAGUGUAUCAGUUGAGACUGCAGGAAGAGUGCCACCUAAAGCCCAACCAGAGACUAACACUACGCUGGCAGGUGCUACUGUUAUUGACAUGUCGUCUGCUGGGGGUACUGUUGUUGACAUGACAUCAGCUGGGUCGAGGGGUGGUCCUAAAGAGAUGUCAAAGACUGCACCUGUCUCCCAAGUCAAAACCACGGCUACAGUUCCUCCUCCUGCUGCUGGAGCAGCUGCAGCCGCUGGCACAGCAGCAACCACUGCUGUGACCAAAGCCAAAGAGUCACCCAAAGAUACAGUCAAGAGUGCCAUUCCCAUCACUACACUCAAAGCUGAUGUGCCUAAAGUUGAUCCUGCUAUAACAUCAAAGCCAGCACCGGCUGGAAGUGUGUCUGUGCAGGGGAAGAAAGAAGCUAAACCGACACAAACGAAGGUGCAGGUGGAGGUUCCUCCGACAGCAACUAAAGGAGUCAAAGAGGCACCGGUGGUGGAUCCAUUUGAUGCCCUGGCAAACAUACUUCCAACCGCUGAUCCUGUCGCACCCCCACAGCCUGUAUACACCGGGCCAGAGGUCGUAGAGCAUGUCGUCACCUCUGAGAGGGGUCAGAAGUGUGGAGAAAGAGACGACACGCUGCCUCCAGGCUACAGAUUUAAAGAUAUGGGACCAGUUCCUGCAGAUGUUAAACCCAAGGAUGUCCCUAAACCACUGAGCACGGACGAGGCCCUGGAUUCUCUCACCGCAGGUUUCAUGUCGUCUGCUCCGGCUGCACCCAACAAGCAAGAGAAAAAGGACCAUGUUGGCAGCAUCAGUGCCUCAUCUGCUGGCCCUUCUAACUUUGCACCACCUCCUGUAAAGCAGAAAACUGUGUGUCCUGCUCCUCCUGCUGAUAAAAAAGCUAAGAUGGAGAAAGUUUCUGAUGAUUUCUCUCUGGACGCUGGACUUCCCUCUGCUUCCACCAAGAAAGGAGCCCCCCCUGUGGCCGUGUGUCCUCCUGCUGAUAAAAAAGCCAAGAUGGAGAAGGUCUCAGACAGUUUCUCUCUGACGGCUGGACUGGAUAGCAAAGUGGAGACCAAGCCCAAGACUGAUGGCGGCGACAUGUCUCUGGACGCUCUCAGUGCUCUUGGUGACACAUUGGCAGCAGACAAACCAAAGCCUGAACUCCCCAAACUCAGACCUGAGGACAUCGUCUCGGAGGACAAACUCAAUAAGCAGAAGGGUGUGCUUGUAGGAGAAAGGGAGGACACCCUUCCUCCAGAAUACAGGUUCAAAGAGGACAAACUCAAAAAACUGCCCCCUCCUAAACCUGAGCCCACUAUGGGCACUGGCGAGGCUCUGGACAUUUUGACUGGGGACUUGAUGACCUCCUCAGCAGCUCCUGCUGUCCAGGCUCCCCCUGCACAGAAAGCCCCUGUGGUUCCUACCACUGAUAAAAAAGCCAAGAUGGGGAAAGUCCCUGAUGAUUUCUCUCUGGAGGCUGGACUUUCUGCUACUACUGCCAAGAAAGUUGAAUCCUCUGCAGCCCCCCCUGUGGCUAUGUCUCCUGCUCUUCCUGCUGAUAAAAAAGCUACCGGAAAGGGUGCCACUAAUGGCAAGCCCAAGGCUGAUCUGGGCGACAUGUCUCUGGAUGCUCUCAGUGCUCUUGGUGACACAUUGGCAGCAGACAAACCAAAGCCUGAACUCCCCAAACUCAGACCGGAGGACAUCGUCUCGGAGGACAAACUGAAUAAGAAGAAGGGUGUGCUUGUAGGAGAGAGGGAGGACACACUUCCUCCAGAAUACAGGUUCAAAGAGGACAAACUCAAAAAACUGCCCCCUCCUAAACCUGAGCCCACCAUGGGCACCGGUGAAGCUCUGGACAUUUUGACUGGAGACUUGAUGACCUCCUCCGCAGCUCCUGCUGUCCAGACUCCUGUUGUCACCCCCUCAGCUCCUCCUGCACAGUCUAAAGUAGAGGAUUUGUCAGCUCUGGAUUUACUUGCUGGAGAUUUUGUGGCCCCAGCUAAAGCUUCUGGAGUUCAUGCACCUGCCCCUCCUUCUACCAAGAAGACACCACAGAAAAUGGUUUGUCCCCUGGAGCAACCAAGCUCAGUUGAUGUCCUUCCUGCACUGCCACGACAAGCAAAACCCAAGACUGAUGACUCUAUGUCUCUGGAUGCUCUCAGUGCUCUUGGCGACACGUUGGCUGUAGAUGAACCAAAACCUGAACUACCCAAACUCAGACCUGAGGACAUCGUCUCGGAGAACAAAUUGAAGAAGGAGAAGGGUGUGCUUGUGGGAGAGAGGGAGGACAGUCUUCCUCCAGAAUACAGGUUCAAAGAGGAUGAACUCAAAAAACUGCCCCCUCCUAAACCUGAGCCCACCAUGGGAACCGGUGAAGCUCUGGACAUUUUGACUGGAGACUUAAUGACCUCCUCUGCAGCUCCUUCUGUCCAGGCUCCUGUUGUCACCCCGACAGCUCCUCCUGCACAGUCCUCGGCAGACUUCGCUCUGGAUGCCUUGGCGGGGGACUUUGUUGCCUCCACAGCUGCUCCGGCAGUGAAGUCUGCUUGUGUUCCCACAGAAACUGCCCCGCAGGUAAAUGCACAGCUGUCAGUGGGAGCAGACAAUGCCCUGGACGCUCUGUCAGACACCUUAAUGGAUAUCACACCCGCCCCUCAGCCCACCCCAGUUCCUACCAAAGACAUCGUCAAGGAGAAUGCGGCCGUUGAAAAGAAGCUGAUAAAGAUGGGAGAGAGAGACGACACACUGCCACCAGAGUAUCGACCCACUGAGAAAGAUCUUAUGAAAAUGGCAGAAGCAAAGGGGAAAGAAACUGCAGCACCCAAGGAGAAGACUAUGGAUGAUAAAACAGCGUUAGACCUGCUGUCUGGGGACUUUGCUGCUCCUAAGCCCGCUGCACCCGUCACAUCAUCUGCAGCCGCAACAAAGCUGGAACCUCCUGUGCUGGACUCAGACCCCCUGAAGCCAAUGGCCGGUCCUGUCCUAGACUCCCUGGCAGGCACCCUGCUCCCAGACACCUUUGAGUUAAAAUCGAAGACAGACAAACCAAAGGGCAAGAGCAAGUCAAAGUCAAGGUCUAAAAAACACCACGCAGAGGAGCCAUCUGCCACUGACGAGCUAUCAGCUCAGCUAAGCUCAGAUGUUGUGCCAACAUCUACAAAGAAGGGAGGCAAGAGCUAGACCCCUUGGUUGUUGGUGCAGUUUAUCCUCCCGGCCACAGGGACACAUCACUGAGGGAGCUGCUCUCUGGAUAAUGAUUAUAUUUUUCUAAAUCGUCAAGAAUGUAUACUGGAUGAAAGACGAAACUAGACAUACCCAUAACACUUGCUCAACACACACACACACACACAGCUCUGCGUGCAUCCCCUUUCUUGCUCGGUUUUCAUGUAUAUUUCAGGAAGAGAAGCUUUUGGUUUCUGUGUUUGGAGAAAAUGAAAAGAAGACUUUUUAACACAAGAUUGAGAAUGAAAGAAUGAGUGAUGAACAGACAACGAAAGCAGGGAAACUGGGGGGGGGGGGUAAACAAGAGAAAAUGGUUUGUUUUGUUGGUUGCUGGUGUUGAGCGUGCCGAGGGAAGGAAGGCGUUGCUCGUCAGAGUCCUGUAUGUACAUCUCGGCUGACAGUCUCUGUUCCUCCAAUGGCACUAAUGUUACAACAUUGGUCAAGCUUAGUGGUGUUGUGACGUUGGUCAGAGCAAUGGUGGCUGUCAGCUUACAGGAGCAGUAUUGAGUGGGUGUAUAGUAUCGGGAUGUUUGUGCAAUCUUGAUGUACACAGAAAAGCCAAGUUUUCUAUUAUGAUGUGGUCAGAUGCCAUUAAGACACUAGUGUACAGCUUAGUUUGCUUUUAUUUUGGACAAGACAUAGUUUACAUGAUAUGUGGAGGAUUUCCAGGAGGUGUUCAGCUUAAUUCUGUAUUCGAGAGCUUCGUGCAAAUGCCUUUUACUUUCUGUAGAGAAAUAUCUGAGAAGGGUCUGUAUGUGUUUGGCCGUGUAGAAAAACAAUUUGCUGGUGUCCAGAAGUGCACUUAGUGAACAGAGGUGGUUACAAGCUUUGUAAACUCCCCUUGUUUGUACUGUAAAAAAAAAUGUUUUGCUCAAUAUAAGACAACACUGUAUCAUUUAGAAAGGGCUAUCAACUGUAAAGUCAAAAAUCAAUAUACUUUCCCCAAAUUAUUUUUUCCAUGUCAAAGGUUUUGUGUGGGUGUGAGUUAUAUGAGAGAUAUUUUAAAUGUGGGAAUACAAAUUAAAUAAAA